CUACGUGUUACUUGUCAACCGCCACGAAAAAAAAGAAGACAACGACACGUCACUGAGGUUAUAUUAAAGAGAGAAGAUGGCUAGCACUGCGGGUAGUUUUCGCCUGCACACCACAAUGGAAAAGUUCUACAUAGAGCAAAGUGAUGAUGACUCCGUGGAUGUCCUGGUCAUUGAUAGAGUAUCUACUGAGAUGUCACUCACUGUGAGAAGCGAUGUUCCUGUGUCAGCUGAAACCAUGACAAUAUGUGGAGUUAUGGGAACUAUUCGAUUGCCAGCAGGCAUGUACCUCAUAGUGAUCACAAAGAAGAUGAAGGUGGGAGACUUACUGGGCCAUGCUGUGUGGAAAGCUCUGAACUUUGACAUCAUUUCUUACAAAAAGACAGUACUACACUUGAACGAUGACCAGAUGCAAGACAACAAAACCUUUGUAUCCAUGAUCAGCAGUGUGCUUCAUACGGAUGGCCUCUACUUUGCAACAGACUAUGACCUGACCCACAGCCUGCAGCGUCUGGCAAACACAAGCCCAGAUUUUCAAGACAUGAGUCUUUUGGAGAGGGCAGAUCAGCGCUUUGUUUGGAAUGGCCACCUGCUACGGGAGUUUAUGACACAGCCAGAGUUGCACAGGUUUGUGUAUCCUGUUGUCCAUGGUUUCAUUACCAUUAACUCGAGCUCCAUCAAUGGAAAGGUGUUUGAGUGGAUUAUCAUCUCCAGAAGAAGCUGUUUCAGAGCUGGCGUCCGCUACUAUGUCCGAGGCAUUGAUUCAGAAGGCCAUGCUGCUAACUUUGUGGAAACUGAGCAAAUUGUGCAAUACAACAAUUACAAGGCUUCAUUUGUGCAGACCAGAGGCUCUAUCCCUUUCUAUUGGUCUCAGAGGCCCAAUCUGAAGUACAAGCCAAAGCCACAGAUCAGCAAAGUGGUUAACCAUUUAGAUGGAUUCCAGAGGCACUUUGAUUCCCAGGUUGUUCUGUAUGGAAAACAAGUCAUUUUGAACUUGCCCCUCUCCAGGAGCAAAGUUCCAGUGUCCCGGUUCUGUGUGGAGAUCAAUCAAAAAGGUUCUGAAAAGCCUUUGGAGCUAGCAUUUGACAAGAUGGUAACCAGCUCGGGUAAUGGUAUGAUCAAGUACAUAGCAUUUGACUUUCACAAGGAAUGUAGUCGGAUGAGGUGGCAUCGCCUUCAGAUCUUACUGGACAGUGUUUCUGAAAUACAGGAUGAAUUUGGAUAUUUCCUUGUGGACGCUGAAGGGAAGGUACUGAUGAACCAAGAGGGUACAUUUCGGAGCAACUGCAUGGACUGUCUGGACCGUACCAAUGUCAUCCAGAGUCUGCUAGCCCGAUGCGCCCUACAGUCACAGCUGCAGAAAAUGGGACUUCUCCACCUGGGACAGAAGAUCGAAGACCAGACUGAUUUUGAGAAGAUUUAUAAGAAUGCGUGGGCAGACAAUGCUGAUGCAUGUGCCAAGCAGUAUGCUGGAACUGGUGCCUUAAAAACAGACUUCACCAGGACGGGGAAGAGGACUGUGUGGGGUGCUGUGAUGGAUGGCUGGAACUCUGCAAUCAGAUAUUACAAGAACAACUUUUCAGAUGGCUACAGGCAGGACUCCAUUGACUUGUUCCUGGGGAACUAUGCUGUGGAUGAAGCAGACUGGAUCACUCCACUGCAAGACCCCAAAGACUGGAAGUUUUUAACUCUGCCUAUUGUCAUGGUUGUAGCUUUCUCUAUGUGCAUCAUCUGUCUGUUAAUGGCUGGUGACACGUGGACUGAGACUUUGGCCUAUGUUUUGUUCUGGGGAACAUCCAGCAUUCUGACAGGUGGCUUGAUCCUGUUUAAUGGACGGGACUUUGUGGACGCUCCCAAGCUGGUUCAGAAGGAGAAGUUGGACUGAAUGUGUGCGUGUGGAAAGCAGCUGGGCCCUGGCGACCUUAACAUGUCAUCACUUCCCCCCCACCAUCGCCAUCUGCAGGCCUGGAGCCUGUACUAAACACAACCAGAGCAGGCAAGGAUGAUGGCUACCACGACCAGCCCAGUGUGAAACAACUGGUACUGGGAGAUUCUGCAGGGGUUCUGCUGCUGUCCACACGUAACCCGUUGUAGUGGACAGGACUGUGUGUUCACUGGUGUCCUAGUAGCAUCAGCUGUUAGGAGAAUGCUGAGCACUCAUGUAAAGUCCCUUUUUUCAUUAUCCUUUUGAGUACAUUAAUAUCUGAUAACUGAGAAGACAACAUUGUUGUAAAUGAAUGACUCUUCAGAAUGUACAUGUUUUAUAUUUGCAUUUGUCAAAGCAUAGAUUAGAUUUUGCUGUUCAGCAGCUUUGUGAGUUUUUUGCCCUGGCCUGUUUCAAAGUGAGUAUUGUACAGCACCAAUUUAUGGAUGACUUGAUGCCUGUCAGUAAAGCAAACAUCUGUCAAUAAGAA